AUGGGUUUUGGGGUAGCUUUGGUUGAUAUAACCAGCUAUCCCGUGUCUAAGACUUUUGCUGAUUUGUUAGGGGGUCUUAACCCUAUCAAACUCGAGGUUCCUGAAGCUUCUGCUGCUCCUGAAGCUUCUUCUGCUCCUUCUGCUUCUGCUGCUCCUUCUGCUUCUGCUGCUCGUGCUGCUUCUGGUGCUCCUGCUGCUUCUGCUAAAGCUUCGGAAGGUGCACCGGGUAAUUCCCAAGUUGAUCGAAGCAGGAUUAUUGAGUUUCAAAUUCCGGAAAGUGCUCAAACAGAUGCUGAAAUUCAAGCUACCUGCGAUGAUGAGUUGCAAUUGGCAAUGAGAAUAUAUUGUCGCGAUUAUGUUGUGUCCAGUUUCCAUAAGGACCGUAUAAAUUUGUUAAAGAGUCGGCGACAAGAAUUAUCAGACAGUCCAGGAUACAAUGAUCCUGUGUUUUUGGAGAUAAUUGACUCAAUUGUUGCCUAUGCUGAACACUUGAGAAACGAAAAUAAUGCUGUUGAUGAUAAUGCUCCUUCUCAAGCUGUUGAUGGUGCUGCUGACAAGGGGCCAAUUCAGGAGAAUGUUGGUGCUGCUGACAAGGGUUCUGGUGAUAAUGGACCUGGUGAUAAGGGGCCAAUUGAGAAAAAUGUUGAAGGUUCUGGAAAUGUUGCUCCCCAAGAUGCUGAACCUGAACGAGAAGCUAGGAGUUUCUAUAGCAGUCUUCCCAUUGGUUCUGCUACAGAAGAAGUCUUCUGCUUAUCUGAGUUAAUGGAGAGAUUUCCGAAGACCCUCGGUCGUCUGAGGAGACUGGAAAAAGAAGUAAUUGACUUCUGUUUCUUGGAUGAUGAGGCACUUGAUCAACGGGCUGAUGUUUUUAUUUUUGGGAUGCUCCACAAAAUAAAUAGGGAGAAAAUGCAAUGUUUGAUUCCUGAGGAAUAUAUCUUAUCCAACAUUGUUGAGAUUUGGUCUAUUCUCUUGAACAAAAAUCAGUUCAUGUUGAAUAAAGAACAAAACAAUUUCUAUUUUGGUGUUGAGUACACGGUUAGUUUCUAUUUUACGUAAUUUUUUUUAUUAAUGUCCUUUACUUUUUUAUGUUGUAUCGUUUAAAUAAUGAGUUACUUAU